AUGCAAAGAGGUCGCUAUCUGCCUCUGCUCUCGACCCUGUGUGACAUGGGCUUUUGGGAUGAGUCGGAGAACAGAAAAGCGAGCGUCGCUCAAGUUAGGAUAAAAAUGCGACGGCACAGGGUGUUCUUGCUUUGCACUGUGGGCCUGUGUGUGAUCUCCUUCUUGCAUUACUACAAGGCCCUACACUACGUCUCCUUGUUGCGAGAACUCUCUGCCCCUUAUCCCAACAUCAAGUCCUUCAUCAUGGUCACCGGUUUCUUCUGGAAGGAAAGAGAUAUGCCUUUGUCCAGCACUUUCUCAGAUGAUGGCCCCGCCCCGGUCAUACGACCCUCUGACCCCAGAGCUUGGGAUUCCAGGGCCGUGGAGCAGCAGCCCAAACCAGAGAUAAACGUGGAUAAAGACUUGAGGGUCCCACGAGCAUGGGGGAGAUUGGAUGUAGCAAAGCAGAAAGAGGGAGAUGCCUCUCAGGACCUUAAGGUCAUGGAAAGAGAGAUAAACCUUAAAGAGGAAGAGCAUAACAUUCCCCCUAAACCCUGGUAUCACGGUGAUCCUGCUGAAGAAAGGGUAGUGGUGGAGAAGAUCCCUCCAACUCCUACCCUACCAGAUCCCAUAGAGUCCCUUGGGGACCUCCACUUGCGUCACUUCCAACUCGUUGAUGAUCAAACCCCUUACUUUGUGCAUACUAAGGCCGGAGCUCUUUGCUUCCGACAAGGGACUGAGUUAGCCGUUCCAAGGGACAGUCUGGGAAUGGGAGUUGCUACAGCAGCAAGUCGUAGGAUACUGGAGCUUCAGGAGGCGGUCAACCCAAUCAAGGCCGGAACCAAGAAAGGCAAGAGGCUGGUAAAAUGUGUGUGCCGUCCAGGUUGGCAUGGUCCUUACUGUGGAGUCCCCACCAUGGUGUACCAUUCUACCCUGCCUACCAAGGAACGGUUAAUGCCCAGGGAGGUGCCCCGUAGGGUUAUUAAUGCCAUAAAUGUCAACCAUGAGUUUGACCUUCUUCAUGUUCGCUUCCAUGAGCUAGCCCAGGCAGUGGACCUUUUCUUGGUGUGUGAGUCUAACUUCACGGCCUAUGGAGAGAGGCGCCCCUUGCGAUUUUUAAAUCUUCUCCAGAAUGGGACAUACGACUUAGUGCGGCAUAAGAUCCUGUAUGUGUUUUUGGACCAUUUUCCUGAAGGUGGGCGGCAGGAUGGCUGGAUCGCAGACGAUUACCUGCGCACCUUCCUGACACGCAACGGGAUAUCCCGCAUAGAUGGACUGCGGCCAGAUGACGUCUUCAUCAUCAAUGAUGCGGAUGAGAUUCCAGCCCAAGAGGGGAUCCUCUUCCUCAAACUUUUUGAUGGCUGGACGGAGCCCUUUGCAAUUCACAUGCGCAAGUCUCUAUAUGGCUUCUUCUGGAAGCAACUGGGAUCACUGGAGGUGGUAUCAGGGUGCACUGUGGGAAUGCUGGGUACCGUCUAUGACAAUGAUGGCAUCAAGCUUAGGCGACGAGAGUAUUACACCAUGCCUGGGUUCCGGAAGUAUGAGAAUGACACAGGCCACAUUCUGGUCCAGUGGUCGAUUGGGAGCCCUUUCCAUUUUGCAGGUUGGCACUGCUCCUGGUGUUUCACCCCAGAGGGGAUACGCUUGAAGCUCAUCUCUGCCCAGAAUGGAGACUUCCCCCGCUGGGGGGACUACGAGGACAAGCGAGAUCUCGACUACAUUCGAGAGUUGAUCCGAACAGGGGGCUGGUUUGAUGGGUCGUUGAUGGAAUAUCCACCCACGGACCCAAAAGAGCACAUGUACGCCCCCAAGUACUUGUUGAACAAUUAUGACCGCUACCGUUAUUUGCUCGAGAACCAGUAUCUUAAGGAGGGCAAGGUAGCAGGAGCUUAGUGCAUAAACAUUGAGGUUUUUGGCCGAGGGGUAGAGCUGAAGUGUCGUCCAAAUUCGGGGAAAGCACCACUAUGGACUUAUUUCCCCCCCCCUCCCAUUUCUGGCUCAUCCUAACCCUUGCCAACCUUCCAUCUCAUUUCCCUGGUUGAGGGUGGCAGGCUGGUGUUGUGGUUUUGCUACAAUGGGCUGGGUGUUAAUAACAGUGAGUGAAAUAGCGGGCAGAGUCUGCAUAGCUGACAAUAGAGACUCUGUACGCAAGGCACCUUAUACAAUCUUUCAAUGUUUCCUGCUCUAUCUGCUUCUCUGCCUCCCAUCGGUAAAUUGAGAAUGGAGUCCAUUAUGCUGUCAAAUGCUUUUUGUGAUAUUUUUCGGUCAUGCUGCACAAGUUCUAAUUGACUUUUCUCUCAGUUUUCUCAAUACUGUCAAAAUAAAAAAAACCAGCCAGUGCGAGUGCAGGAAGUGGAAGAAAGGGCCCCGUUUACUUGCUUGUAAUGUGAUCGUUCAUUAAAUCCAAUGAUAAAUGCUGAUUUGUAACCGGACCUCGCAGACAUGAGCCAGGGCCAUUCAAUAUGAAAAAAGUAUCAAUCGUGUAACAAGCUGCAGUAUGAGCCUUGAGACCAUGGUUGAGGUGGAUAGGGCCAGUAUGGUGUAAAUGGAAUAGAGGGGGUUAUCUGUUGGCCUUUGUCUCAGAAAACAUUGAGGGGGUAGAACAGCCUUCCUGAAUCCUCCGACUAUACUUCCCAUCAAGGUCUCUGUGCUUGCAGCAAGGGCAGUCAAACAGGGGGGAGAUAAGAUUGAUUUCAAGGACGUCUGAGUGACAGGGGAUCUAAAAAAAUUUGGAAAAUAAUUGGGUUGGUCUUGGUUGCGGGACCCAAAAUUCACAUCGAGACUCCAGCCGGCAGCAGCGUUUUUGUGAUCAGCAGAGGGGGGUGGAAUUUGCCUAGUGAAGGAGUUCAGUCCAGGCUGCUGCUGUUCAACAGGAAUCUAGAGCAGCACUCCAGCAUCCAGCAGAACUCAGCAGCGGCAGCUGAAAACCAUCCAAAGAGUUGGAGGGAAAAAGAUGAAAGAAUGCAGCAUGAGAAUUUCUGUGUCUCCUUGCCGCCGCAGCCGGCGUGCUUCUGCUGCUGAGCCCUCGGCUGGUCGCAUUGCACCUCCGCAAAAUCCAGGAUGUCUGUCUACCACUUGAACGUUGGUGGCACUUUACCUCCUUCCACUUGGCAGAUAAUUCUGGCCACCCACACCCCUGCAUGACUGCAGGAUGUCACUGUUCCCCUGGAGGCCCUGCCCUGCUCAGUGCCAACUACAUCAGGACAGAAAUAUAAAGCACUACCUGUAUCACAUGUACAUUUGAAACCCUCUGUUGUACCUGGCUGCAGCCAAUAAAGAUACUAGUACAUGUUCAGGCAGGACAGACCCCCCGACUGCUGGGUUGUAAGGCCUGAAACCUGAAUGCUUCGCUUGGAAGCCAAUAAGCCACGCCCCACUUUCCAAGUUCCGCUACUUCAUCGCUGCUGUAGUGGGACUUUGCACACCAAGUCUUUCACUCGCCAAGUGUCAAAGUGAUGUGGCAAAUAAAGUGAUUUGAGUUGGACUGCUAAA